AUGAAGAAUUUGGAUUGCCAAGCUUAUGUCACGAGUUUCAACGCUAUAUCCCGACUUGUACCUUAUUUGGUUACCCCCGAACCUAAGCGCAUAGCGCGCUUCAUUGGAGGUCUGGCCCCAGAAAUAAAAGGAAAUGUUAAAGCUUCCAGGCCUACCACUUAUAGGUUCGUGGUGGAUUUGUCCUUAUCCCUCACUCUUGAUGCAAUAAGGAAUAAGUCUGUUAAGACUUCUGAUGAGGGAAAGAGGAAGAGAGAAGAUGAGAGCUCACAUCGCUCUGACAAGAAAAGGAAAGGAAAUUACAAGCAAAAGAAAGGUUCUGAGUUUCAGAAAAACUCAAAUCAGUCAGAUAACAGGCCCAAGUGUAAGAACUGUAGGAAGCGCCAUUCAGGGAAGUACACGAUUGACCCGCAUGCUAAACUUUGCGGAAUUUGCAAGACAAAAGGGCAUAAGACAUUAGAAUGCAGGGAGUUAAAGAAUGCAACUUGUUACAACUAUAACGAGAAAGGGCAUAUCAAAACCAAUUGCCCAAAACUUGCGAAGAAGCCCGAAGAGGCCAAGAAAACCAAUGCUCGAGUUUUCCAGAUGAAUGCCAGAGAGGCAGUACGGAACGAUAAUGUUAUAACAGGUACUUUCCUCAUCAAUGAUAUUUAUGCUAGAGUUUUGUUUGAUUCUGGUGCAGAUAAGUCAUUUAUAGACAAUAAAGAAUUACUCUUUUUCGUUGUCCUUGUUACCGAUGAAAUUGGCAGGAUUCGAUAUAGUAAUAAGCAUGGAUUGUAUGGAUUGCCUGAACAAGUAGCUAUGCUUAAGGCAUCUAAGUGUAUGAAGAAAGGUUGUGUCACUUACAUGGCACAGGUGACGGUAGAUGUGCCAAAGCCCAAAAUUGAAGAUAUUCCUGUUAUUUCUGAAUACCCAGGCGUAUUUCCUGGAGAGCUACCUGGUUUACUUCCCGAUAGACAAGUGGAAUUCAGAAUUGAUAUUAUUCCAGGAGCAGCACCGGUCGCACGGGAUCCUUAUCGUUUGGCACCGACCGAGAUGAAAGAAUUAAGGACCCAGUUGGAUGACUUAUUAGAGAAGGGUUUUAUUCAACCUAGCUCGUCUCCUUGGGGAGCGCCUAUUCUAUUUAAAAAUCUCAAUAUGAGGCAAUGUCAUUGGAUGCAAACAUUGAACGACUAUGAUUAUGAAAUUCGCUAUCACCCGGGCAAAGCGAAUGUUGUUGCUGACGCGCUAAGAAGAAAAGAAAGGAUUAAACCUAUUAGGAUCAAUGCCAAAAGCAUUGAACUAAAGAAUAGUUUAAACGAGAAAUUAUUGUCAGCUCAAAGGGAAGCCUUAUGGAAGAAAACUUUCCAGUAG